AUAAAAAUUUGGUUGUGUUCACCCAGGUACUUUUCUUUCACUGCCCUUCAUUUUUUUUUCUCUCCCCUUCCCCUAGCAAUCCUGAUCGUUAAAUAUCUUUCUCAAUGAACAGUCCCUUCAUAUCAUAUUCCCUUCGCCCCUUCGUUUUGUUUAUUUGCUCUUCACCUUUUAGCUGUUUGGACUAUUUGUUGAAGGUUAUUACUGGUCUUGAUUUCUGUAUUGCACAAAGUGUGGAGGGUUUGGCUCUCGCCCCUUGAUGUCGAAACCUCUGUUCUAUUUACCAGAGAAUUUCUAGCAUUCGAGCCCAAGUUUGGGCUGCGGGAGAAUGCCUUACAAGAUUAACUUCAGUGCAGCCAGCGAGACUCCCGUCUCCCCCGUCUUCAGGCUUAAGAAAAGCUGGGGGGCAAUCAAAUGUGCACAUAAUGGCAAUGAUUUUGACGCAGUAUCGCUCUCGGAUGUUAGCCAGUCCUUCUUCGAUGAAGGCACACUACAUCCGGCUCAAGAAAUAGAGGUUCUAGAGGAAUACUCCAGCGAUGUAUCCGAGAUUGGCUCAGUACACUCCGAUGACUCUACCGACCUGGAGGUCAGCGAGCCGAGAAACGAGCCUCCUACAUACGGCGUGAGCCAUCCCUGGGAGGUAGUAGAUUACCAUUUGUACCUCUGCUCCGUUGAAAGAGGGAAAGGCACAUCUGCGCGACGCAAUGGCAUGUUCGUGUAUGACGGUAUUGAUUGUCGCCCUGUCUAUUACAAUGAACUAUUGGAAGAACGUGCCUUUGAGCCAUGUAAUAUUGGAGAAGAACCUCAGUUCCUAUUUUGGAACCUUCCCAUUGCCGAUUUGGGACCUUCCUUCAAUGGCAGACACUAUAUCCUAGGAUUUGACUAUAACAACAGAGCCUUAUUUGCCCGUCAUUUUGAGUGGAUACCCAACAAGACUGAUGAUCUUUGGUGUGUGUGGGACCUUGGGUUCACCAUGUACAGUAUCACCAUACCGGAUCUCAUCAUUCUUCUAGAGUCUGGUCUUUCUGAGGAAGUGCAUGUUGGCAUGGGAAUUCUUAGCUCAAGCCCUUAUUGUAUAGCCAUGGGGUCAUAUGAUGAUCCAGGCAUGGAGAUCGUCAUUACCAUUCUCUUCUGCCGGUGGGUGCUGGACUUUGCGGAGGCUAUCUUCGAACAAGGCGGAAACAUCAUGGAAAGAUUCAAAGAGAGGCUCGCCCGCUACAUGGAAGAGUGUCGUAUUAUCCUGGCACGGGCCUCGUACAGGGCAUGGUUUGUUCCACGGGGCGGCUAUAUGAAGGCAACUUACCAGCGGAACUCAUCUAUUGGCAAGUUCACUAGCGACCUUUUUACGUUUAGCAAGUCCGUAGAAGAUGGCAGCUUGAAAGCUCAGUCUUGGCGUGCACCAGGCUUAGACACUUGCAACAUGCUCCGUCAUCAGGACCGGGUUCAGAGAAGGGCAGAGACGGAGCAACGACUAGAAAGUCUCUUCACCAUUCCGGAGGUUGACAUACCUCCUGAAUCUCCGGGGGAGGUUCUGGGAUGGAUGGUUGUCAGGUCUAAAGAGAGUCUAGCUGCAUUGUGCCCCGCUAGAACUCCAAGAAUUCCACCCCGAUCUAAGUAUGGAUCGGUUGGGUUACACUGCUGGAGUUCGAUGUCUCCCAAAAUUAUCAAAGAUGAGGACGAAGCGUACAACGGCCUCAGAGAGACAAAGCGCCACAAAACUCCGCUCUCUCUCCUCUUGAAGCAGAUUCUUGAUCUAAUCAAGACCCGACCUGAAUUGGAUUGCCCUGAGAAUCGUGCUCAUUUUGAAGAGUUGCUGACUGCACUCGCAACGGAUGUCCAACAAAAGGCCGUAAAUGACUCGGUCACUCCACUAUUGGGCCAUGAGAACGACAGUUGGAAAGUAGAAGUACUCUCCAUGUUGAAGCCAAAAGCGCUGGUGACCCAUUAUCGCCUCGAUUCCAAUCUGGAACUCGACAAUCAUGCUCCGCAAUGACUUCAUGGGUAGAUUACUGGUU